AAACACAAUAACAACCGUAUUGGUGAAUGGGUAGUAAGAUUUCGUGGAAUCAUGAAUGCAGCACGCCGCAGCGAUCCUUGCAGGGAGGGCUGCGCUAUCUAGGAAGCGCUGGAGGUGAUAUCACUUAAACAACUGGCAAAGUUACUUCAAAUUGAGGAACUGAACUAAUACAGUAAAAUGGACACGAACAGUCUAAUAGACACAUUUGAACUAUACACACACACUUGUAAGAUCUUAGAGACCGGUAUAAGAUCAAAGAUGACCAUAUCAAAUCAUGUAAGCGAAGCGUAAUAACCACUUAAUUUAAAAUGAUCACAAUUUCUAUUAUAUAGCACCUGUCAACCAAUUUGCAAGUCUUUUUGAUUGCCUGCCUGCCAACUGUAUGUACUGCUACAAGCGAUACAGCGGCAUCUUGUGGUUGGGUAAAAGCACUAACUAAUAAUGUCGUUUUAUAUAUUACUUUUACGGGAAUUACGGGAAAAUAAUUCGAUAUUGUCACUAGUUUAUACGUUAUGUGCUCUUACAUUGACACGGGAUGAGCAAAGUGGUAUGUAAAAGUGAAAAAUAAUGACAGACACAGAGUAAGUAAGUUUAGCUUGAAACAGCGAAUAUGUUACAUUGCGUCAAUAGUGCAACUACGCAUGUGCAGCACAGGGUUGGGCGAUACUGCCGACUUUACCAUCGAUCCGACGACAACAUUAGGACAGUGAUACCACCAAACUGGACAUUAGAGUAUUGCAAAUGCCGAUAUCGACACUGAUAUUGAUGUUUAAAAAAAUGAACCUUUUCCCAAUGAUUGAAUGCAAAACCCGCUGCUGGUUCUGAAUGUAAUGUAAUGUAAUUUUUUCCGCCAAAGCCAUCAACAACGCAGCAAUAUGAAAAUCAGAAAAACCGUCCCCCUUGCGUCAGUAUCGAUUCAAUACGGCUACUACCCUUGGUAUCCACACUACCGAUAUUUGGAUCGAUCCGCAAGCCUCUGGUGCACAGUCCACUAACAAGGAGAUGAGGCGAAGGCGAGGAAACGCGAUAGAAUAUUAAAUCAUAGAGGGUGUAUUUAAUGGUGUUUGAUCAUCGGUUUCAGGCCCUUCUCUACACGAAGAAGGACAUUUUAUAGCUCAAUACAACCCGGUUUUAAUAAAAGCUAGGAGGAAACUGAAAGUGGUCGGUGGUCACUGCCGCGGCCGUAAAGUUUUCUAACUUCCGGUCUUUGGACACUUGCGAUGAUCAGUACGCUUAGCAAAAGUGUCCGAUGUGUUGUCAAACACACUUGGCGGACCCAAUGGACUCACAUGACGCAGGUCCGGUGCUUCGCUAGCACCCCGGCAGCUCUACACUUACUCGAAAACUGUCUAGAACUCCACUACGGAGACAAACGACUGCGCUUGGACUACGUGUGGCUGCGGGAUCACUGCCGCUCUUCCUCUUCAUACAACUUCCAAACCAACCAAAGGAAGUUGGACACCGGAAGUAUUGACCUCAACAUUCGUCCCGAGCACACGGGAGUAGAAGAUGGUCAGCUCAUUCUCACUUGGCCUGGAGGUCACAUAUCCAAAUACAGCCUUAGCUGGCUAGCUGAAAACUGCUAUGAAGCUACGAAGCAGCGCCCCGUACAGCCACGUAUCCUGUGGAACGCUGACGGCUAUAAGAACGCGCACGUGCCCGCCUCCCCAUGGGAUCCUUUUAUGAGAAGUGACGAUGAAGUGAAGACGUUUUUGCAGAACUAUCUUCUCUAUGGGAUUGCUUUUGUGAAAGAUGUCCCUGUUACCGUUGAAGCCACAAAGGCCAUUUGUGAGAGGGUCAGUCUUAUCAGGGAGACGACAUACGGGGGAAUGUGGUGCUUCACUUCAGAUUUUUCCAGAGGAGACACCGCCUACAGCCAGCUGGCCCUGGACCGCCACACUGACACGUCUUAUUUCCAGGAACCAUGUGGAAUUCAAGUGUUUCACUGCCUGAAGCACGAGGGCACGGGUGGCAAGACGCUCCUCGUGGACGGAUUCCAUGCAGCAGAACAAGUUCGCAAGCAGUCGCCGGAACAUUUUGAGCUGCUUUCCAGCGUUCCCAUCAGACAUGAAUACGUGGAAAACACCGCCAGCCACCGAAACCACAUGGUAGCCAUCAACCCCGUCCUUAACGUCUAUCCCUGGAACAAGGAACUCUACCUGAUACGGUACAACAACUACGACCGUUCGGUGAUCAACACCAUCCCUCAUGAUGCUGUUCGCCGCUGGUAUGUGGCUCAUCGAGAGCUGACCACAGAGCUGAGGCGACCAGAAAAUGAGCUGUGGGUGAAACUGACCCCGGGAAAAGUGAUUUUCAUCGACAACUGGCGGGUCAUGCACGGGAGGGAAGCGUUCACCGGCGUCAGGCAGCUCUGUGGAUGCUAUCUGACCACAGACGACGUUCUCAGCAGAGCACGUGGUUUGGGGCUGCAGGUCUAACCCUAGAUGAGGACGGCCCCUCAACUCUAUGACUUUGGUAGGCCACAUGCUAAUAACAUGCAAGUCCAAUGCGCUCACGAAUCUAUAAAUCAAUGCUGGCUAUAAAUCUACAUAUAUCCAUAUAUAUCAACAGCAGUUAAUAAUCCAACUAAAAGGCGUCCCCAAUUCCCCGGUUUGAUUUCAUUACAGUUUUUCAAAAAUAUCCAAAUGCUCUUUCAAAGAAUAUGCAUAUAUAAUCACCUUUUACAUAAACCGAGCAUUGUCGAUAUGAAAUAAAAUAGAAAUAUGAAUUUCUAUUUAUAUCACUGAUAUCACUGAAUUUUGUGGUUUCACUAAAUCACAGUUCUUCAAAUAAUACGGUAAUGAAUAAAUCAUCAUCAUGAAUCAUGAUGUGGUUGAACGCAGACUAUUAGUCGUGAAAAUGCACAUUUAAUCCAAUUGUAUGUAUAUUUGUAUGUCUAAUGAAGCCUUUUCAAGCCUAAAAAAUGAAAUUGCACUGAAAGAUGUUUCGUACACUGGCCACUAGGUGUCAGUAAUGUUCCAUUGAUGAGACAAUAGCCACUGUAGGAAGUAAACUAACAUGUACAUCUAUAUUAUGUCUUAUUUCCUUUUAGGUCUACUGCUAUAUUGGCUAAUACGAGUGUAAUAGUGACUAUAGGGUGCUAUUUCACAUCCAGAGGGCUCAAAUAAUGUUAAAACGUUUUCUAUGCUCCAAUUAUGACAAUAUAAGUAAGGAAUCCUACUUUGCAGAAGCAAUUAACGCAAUAAACAAAGAAUGAUUGUAUUGUGUGAAUUCCUUGUGGUAUUUUUCUGCCCCCUCCUGGCACGAUACUUCACGUGAUCUGAUCGGAUGACCUUGAUCAUGCGUUCCCCUUGCUACAGCACACCAGGUACUACACCUGUACAACCUUUUACCAUACAGCCUCUCUGACGAUGAUGGCGUGUAUCACUUGUUACUUUUCCAAUGAGCUGUCGGGAGAUGAGCGGCGCUCCUAAUUCAGUUCAGGCAGCCAACUCGGGAGACGAGGGCGUAAGUGACAUGUAGAGUGAAUGCAAAAGACGCUGUCAUGUUUCCCUUUUUGAGGCGCUACUGUGACUCCCAUCAUCGUCACCAUGGAAACAGCCGAGGAUACUGAAGUUGUCCUGGUAACUGGAUGAAUGAGAGCAUUCAGACUGGAUGUACGGGUGGUGCGAGGUGACCGGUUGGAUCAAUACGCUCCUGUGGUGACGCCGGUGUUCAAAGAAAGCGGAAUUAUAGGCAGCGUCUACUGAGAAUGACUAGAAAUGUAAAUAUUAACAUCAAGGCCAACUGAAUGGGGACUAUGUUUUACCAGAACGUAUCAGUUGCCUCAGCAUCUAACGUCUUGAUGCAUGACACAUUCUGGGCUUUGUGCCAGAAGGAGGUGAAGAUGGAAUCAGUUUUUGCAUGGUCGCUCAAGCACUAACAAGAAAGGCUGAACAAAGGAUGGAUC